GUCAAGUCAGCGUUCAGUUGAGCGCCGUACACGUUCGGAGCAGGUCGCGUUUCGCAAAGUCUCUUGCUCUAAGUGGUGUGGUGGUGUUGUGCUGUGCUCUACUCCUCUACUCUACUAUCAGCCCUACUUCCCCGUUACUGGUGUGAGGUUUGGUAGUGUUGUGGUCGUGUCACUGGCAGGAAGUGUGUGACCCUGCACGCACAGACACAUACACACACGCGCACGAAAUCGUGGUGUACUGAGUAGCGGAAGGUGUGUUGGUAGUUUCUUUGCCGAGUGUUUGAUUUAGUAACCCCUCGAAGCGACACAAAAUGACAGUGUGAAACGAAGUGAAGUGUGAAGUGAGUGUGAGCUGACGAAGGCAAAAAGGAAAAGUGUUUUGUGGGAAAUCGAUUUUACCCCACUGGGGAGAAUUCAACACCGUAGAAAAGCAGCGAAAAAAUAAGAGCCUAAGGAGUAACGAAACACAAAAAAAAGACCUACCAUCAACACCAGUUGCCUCCACGAAGGCAAGAAAGGAAGGAUUUCCUCGGAGUAAUCCGCUGGCGCAAAGGAAGUUGAAGUUGACAAACAGGAGUUGAACAAGGUAUAUUGAGUGACUGACUGACUGACUGACUGUCAGGUAUUUCCUCACUCCCGGACUCACCCAGUUCUUGCCGGAGUUCUUCGGAAACUUCGCCCGCGAGGGCUACGCGUUUGAGAAGGGUUUUUGACGAAGUUGCGCAACCCCGCAAGAAAGGAAACCAAAUUAACAAUGCCCGCCGAGACCGGUAGGACCGACUCGUACCGGGUCGCCACCGUGGCACCCUUGAAGGAUGACAACCUCACCGCCGACGGUCAGCUUAAGACAAAACGCAAAAUGCCACCAAAGAAGAAAGGAGACAAUUUGGAUGACCUGAAGCAGGAGUUGGAUAUUGAUUUUCAUAGAAUCACACCAGAAGAGCUGUACCAGCGACUACAGACACACCCAGAAAAUGGUCUCAGCCACGCGAAAGCAAAGGAAAACCUAGAGCGAGAUGGACCAAACGCACUUACCCCACCUAAACAGACACCCGAAUGGGUAAAGUUCUGCAAGAAUCUCUUCGGUGGCUUUGCUAUGCUGCUGUGGAUCGGCGCUGUCCUCUGCUUCGUUGCCUACUCGAUUCAGGCCAGUACCGUUGAGGAACCAGCCGACGAUAACCUGUACCUCGGUAUUGUGCUGUCCGCUGUCGUGAUAGUUACCGGUAUCUUCUCGUAUUAUCAGGAAUCGAAAAGUUCAAAGAUUAUGGAAUCCUUCAAGAACAUGGUGCCCCAAUUUGCCACCGUAUUGCGCGAGGGCGAGAAGCUGACGCUGCGUGCCGAGGAUCUGGUUAUCGGUGACGUCGUUGAGGUCAAGUUUGGCGAUAGGAUACCCGCUGAUAUUCGCAUCAUCGAAUCCCGCAGUUUCAAGGUUGACAAUUCGUCCCUCACCGGCGAGUCCGAGCCGCAGUCGCGUGGUCCCGAGUUCACCCAUGAUAACCCACUGGAAACUAAGAAUCUGGCCUUCUUCUCGACCAACGCCGUCGAAGGUACCGCCAAGGGUGUCGUCAUCAGCUGCGGCGAUCACACCGUCAUGGGACGUAUUGCCGGUCUCGCUUCCGGUCUGGACACCGGCGAGACCCCGAUCGCCAAGGAAAUCCAUCACUUCAUUCACAUCAUUACCGGCGUGGCUGUGUUUCUCGGUGUAACCUUCUUCGUGAUUGCCUUCAUCCUCGGUUACCACUGGCUGGAUGCAGUUAUCUUCCUGAUCGGUAUCAUCGUCGCUAACGUGCCGGAAGGUUUGCUCGCCACUGUCACCGUAUGUUUGACCCUGACUGCCAAGCGUAUGGCAUCGAAGAACUGUCUGGUUAAGAAUUUGGAAGCCGUAGAAACCCUCGGUUCGACCUCGACUAUCUGCUCGGAUAAGACCGGUACGCUGACCCAGAACCGUAUGACAGUCGCUCACAUGUGGUUCGACAAUCAGAUCAUCGAAGCGGAUACCACUGAGGACCAGAGCGGUGUUCAGUAUGACCGCACCAGCCCCGGUUUCAAGGCACUGUCCCGAAUCGCUUCACUGUGCAAUCGCGCCGAAUUCAAGGGAGGUCAAGACGGUGUUCCAAUUCUGAAGAAGGAAGUAAGCGGUGACGCCUCGGAAGCUGCUUUGCUAAAAUGUAUGGAGCUGGCCCUCGGUGAUAUCUUAAGCAUCCGUAAGCGCAACAAGAAGGUGUGCGAAAUUCCGUUCAAUUCGACCAACAAGUACCAGGUUUCCAUUCAUGAAACGGAGGACCCCAGCGAUCCACGUUAUUUGCUGGUUAUGAAGGGUGCCCCCGAACGUAUCUUGGAACGCUGCUCGACUAUCUUCAUCAACGGUAAGGAAAAACUGAUGGACGAGGAGAUGAAGGAAGCCUUCAACAAUGCCUACCUGGAGCUGGGAGGUCUUGGAGAACGUGUGCUCGGAUUCUGUGACUUUAUGCUGCCAUCGGACAAAUUUCCCCACGGUUACAAAUUCAACGCGGACGAUGUGAACUUCCCCGUCGAGAACCUGCGCUUCGUCGGCCUCAUGUCCAUGAUUGACCCUCCACGUGCCGCAGUACCAGAUGCCGUCGCUAAGUGCCGUUCUGCCGGUAUCAAGGUUAUCAUGGUCACUGGAGAUCACCCAAUUACUGCCAAGGCUAUUGCCAAAUCGGUUGGUAUUAUUUCGGAGGGCAACGAAACCGUUGAAGACAUUGCUCAGCGUCUCAACAUUCCGGUUUCGGAGGUUAAUCCACGUGAGGCUAAGGCCGCCGUUGUGCAUGGUUCGGAACUGCGUGAUCUUCCCGGGGAACAGCUUGAUGAAAUUCUGCGUUAUCAUACGGAAAUUGUGUUCGCUCGUACCUCGCCGCAGCAGAAGCUGAUCAUCGUAGAAGGUUGUCAGCGAUUGGGUGCUAUCGUUGCCGUCACCGGUGACGGUGUCAAUGAUUCACCUGCCCUCAAGAAGGCCGAUAUUGGUGUUGCUAUGGGUAUCGCUGGUUCCGACGUUUCCAAACAGGCCGCCGACAUGAUCCUGCUGGACGACAACUUUGCUUCCAUCGUUACUGGCGUUGAGGAGGGCCGUCUAAUUUUCGACAACCUGAAGAAGUCGAUCGCGUACACGCUGACAUCGAACAUUCCGGAGAUCUCGCCCUUCCUGGCGUUCAUCCUGUGCGACAUUCCGCUCCCGCUCGGCACCGUCACCAUUCUGUGCAUCGAUCUGGGAACUGACAUGGUCCCUGCCAUUUCGCUAGCCUAUGAGGAAGCCGAGUCCGAUAUCAUGAAACGUCAGCCCCGAAAUCCGUUCACUGAUAAAUUGGUCAAUGAAAGACUCAUCUCCAUGGCCUACGGUCAAAUCGGUAUGAUUCAGGCUGCAGCCGGUUUCUUCGUGUACUUUGUCAUCAUGGCCGAGAAUGGAUUUUUGCCGCUGAAGCUGUUCGGCAUCCGUAAGCACUGGGACUCGAAGGCCGUCAACGAUCUGACCGAUUCGUACGGACAGGAAUGGACCUAUCGUGACCGCAAGACGCUCGAGUUCACCUGUCACACCGCGUUCUUCGUGUCCAUUGUCAUUGUCCAGUGGGCCGAUUUGAUCAUUUGUAAGACCCGCCGUAACUCGAUCCUCCACCAGGGCAUGAGAAAUUGGGCGCUCAACUUCGGUCUUGUGUUCGAGACGAUACUGGCCGCCGUCCUGUCGUACACGCCCGGCAUGGACAAGGGCUUGCGCAUGUACCCACUCAAAUUCGUCUGGUGGCUGCCAGCCUUGCCGUUCAGCUUGGCCAUCUUUGUGUACGAUGAGAUCCGUCGUUUCUACUUGAGACGCAACCCCGGUGGCUGGUUAGAACAAGAGACGUACUACUAGGUCAACAAAUUUAUAUUUAAAAAGAUUAAUUAAAGAAGAAAAAACUGAGAAAAGAAGGUAAAAACAACAGUGAAAAUAACAAAAAAUGAGCAUUAAAAGUAAUUAUAUUUUUUUAAUUAUUAAAUUUAUAUAAAGUUAUAAAUUAUGAUUUCCAACACACACACACACGAAGAAAAGCAAAAAGAUAAACAUAGUAAUGAAAAUCGUGAAGAUGAUAAGAAGCAGUAUCUCCCGUCCUCAUCAAGUCAAAGUCCUCUCGCACCUCCGCAUCACUGUCACAUAUGCACAAAGAAAACACACACACACAUACACACAGAGACACACUAACAUACCCGCCGCCAUUCCCCCCGCGUGUAUCAUCGUUGUUUUGUCUUCUGAAAGUCUACUACACCAACACACACACAGAAACAAGUUCUCUUCUACGAAAACCAGAUGCCAUAUAUUAAGCGUGCCUAACGAAAACGCUCGCAAUGUGUUCGUAGUCACUGUCGCCAGUACACAGAUACAAACACGGACACUUUCACUGUGCAAUCUAACACAGACACACAUACACACACACUCACAGCAAUUACGCAUUUUUUUCGAAGUCGCUAGAGCCGUUACGUCGUGAAUUAAUAAUUGCGUGUGUGGUAGUUUUUAAAAACCAAACUGGCAUAAAAGACAUGCGAGGAAGAAAUCGGAGAGUAGUAGAGAAACAAUGCCAAUAAAAGUAGAUAAGUGUGCGUUGUUAAUUUCAGUACUAUUUUCGGCACUCUGCGUUCGCGCUUUCCAAGAACGCACACUCUCACACCCGAAACACCGCGACAUUGACACACAUUUACACGUACAUACACGGAGACAUGGUAAUAAUAACAAACAAACCCUUUGCACGCGCGCUCAGUAAAUGCACGUAUUCCCACCUGUCCACCCCUUUCUACCCUCCCUCUUUCUCUGUCCCCUAAAACAAGCGCAUGUACACACCCUCGUAUCACUCUCCGCUAUAUUUCACCAUUCUCUUAUUAUUAAUAAAUUAAAAAUAAAAAAAGAAAUGAAAUCAACUCGUUGUUAGUUACAAAGCUAAUUUAAAAAAUUUAAAAAUAAUGAUGAAACUCUAGUAGUAGUGAGAAGAAUCAACAAAGAACUAAAAUUUAGUAGAAGAAAACUAAGAAAAAAAAACAAGGAUAAGCGCAAGGAAAAAUUGUUAACGAAAGAAGUGAAUAUAUUAGAAGAGAAUAAACGUUGUUUUAAUGAUUGUUUUUAGUCCUCACUCGUAUUUUCCCUUCCCACAAAAACAUACAAAACGAAACCCCAAUUAUGUUGCAUUUCACCAUGAAUCCGUUCCCUGCCCCGAUUCCCUGUUCUUAUUUUCUUGUGUUUCAAUAUCCAACCCCCGAAAAAACGACUGUUAUGGUAUUGUUUCUCGUGUUCUGUUCGUUUCUCCUUCCUUUCCUCCCCUGUUAGCUCGUUAAAGAGCCGAGAUGUUUGUGCACCGAUCAGGCGCCGCACGGGCCCUGCUGAGCUUCACCCUGGGGUGGAGCUCGGCGCGGCCACAGGCCGGCGAUCCUCCCUCCCGAUCGAUCUCCAGCCUGCCCGAAUCGCGUACGAACGCUAUCACGCGGGGCGCGGUUGGUCGAUUGUUAAGGAUUAACCGAUUAAACACGCUAUUAUUUAUUAGUGCAUAAUGAAACACAAGCGAAAAUUGUUGAUUUUUAGCAAAUAUAAAGCAACAAUUUCAAACAAAAAAAAUUAAAAAGCAUAAAAACAACACAAGGAGCUGAAAAAUUCAAGCGUCUAAAUGAAAAAAAAAAAAAAAAACUAGGAAGCAGAAGAAGUAAGCAACGCGUCACAUAAAACUGCCCGAUUGUUGUAAACUAAUUAAAAAGAAGAAAAAAAGCAUAAGGAAAAAGUAUUUCAGCAAGAAGAAAAAAACCAUUUAAAUGUAAAGUGAAAUACCAACCGCAGAUAAACCAAGUUAGCUAAAUUUAAAAAAGCAGGCUAUUUGAAAUUAAUACCAAUAAAGGAAAAAAAACAAAAGAGAAAACUCGUUAUAACAGCUGUAGAACAGAACAAACCACACACACAGAAUUAAAUUAAGAAUAAAGGAAACCAAUAUUUCUCUUCAUCAAACCAAUCUCUCACGCAGCAGCAGACAAGCAAAGUGAAAACAAUACAAAGUGAAACCAUCAGUGGAAGGAAAUUUAAAUUGAAAUUAGAACACCGAACAAAACAAAUCGAAGCAAAACAAAAACUAAUACAGAAAAAAAACACACACACACACACACACACAAUACACGCAGACUCCUUCGAUAGCAAGAACCACCAACCGGGGAUGAAACCAGCAGAAGAAGAAACAAAAAAUCACACAGAAAAAAAAACAAUUGUCAGAAUAAAAUCAGAACAAUAGUAUUUAACAAAAAUAA